AUGAUGAUCACGGUAAGUUGGUACUACUACUUUAGUACUAUCGACCCUACUAACUUAAUAGUAGGAUCGGUAAAGCCGGUUUUUGUAAUAAUACGUUGUUCAAAUAAUUCUGUGCCUCCUAAUUCCAAAAACUUUUCUUUAAGGGGGCACAGAAUCAUUUGAAAAACCUAACUGUUGGCUCAUGUGCAGACCUGAAGUGGGGCUUACUUUAGGUUUGUGAAGGCGUCGGCUCAGCCUAUGUAGGUGUGCUGGGGCUUACAUGUUCUGAAUCGUUGUUUUUCAAAUUUUCGUAAUGUUAGGCUUGGCCUGGUGAGUCCUUUUUUAAAUCUAAUAGUAAGCUCACUAGGCUUGACAUUAGGCCCGAAUCCAAAACAAAGUUUAAAAGGGCCGGGCCAGAUUAUUUAGGCUUAAGGGCGCAAUCCAAUCCAAGGCUUGAUUGUAAAAUGGGCCCGCUUCUGGAGCCUAUAUUUUACGGCCUAGCUCUUUCAAAUUUUCUUUGGCUUGGCUUAGUAAGCUUUUUACAGGGUUUGCCAAAAGUUCUGUUACACGGUUUCUUAAUUAAAUAUUUAUUUUAACAACAAAUACAACUAAAACAACAACUAGCAAUAUUAACAUAUAGUACUAGUUAUAACAUAGUCAAUCGGUUUCGAAGUGUCUCUUCUUUGCGGCUUGGCACAAGCGCAAACGCUUCAAAAAGCUUUCAGAGAUGGGCCUAGUUAUGUAACAGAAGUUUUGGCGCACCUUGUAAGCCUGUUUAUCAUGUUGAACCAAAAGUAUUGGGACGCGUUUCACAUAUUUUUCAACUAAAAGAUGUCCCGUUACUUUUGGUUCAACCUAUGCUAAGUCUGGCGUUGAGACUGGCUAGCCAAACCAAACAAUUAGGAUUGCUUUAGCUUCUUUACUGGUCUACUUAUACGUUUACUUCUUUGAUAAAGGUACCAUUGUUUAAAAAUUUUCAUUAUUUCAGACACCAGUCCUAAUCUCCCUGCCCAACCAAAUCUCUGAAAAGCAGUACCUAGCUAACGUAGACCCUGUGAUAGCAUAUUUAUUCGAAAACAAUGCGAAUGCAUUUUGUUUUGGCACAGGAAGCGACGUGAAAGACAAGUUGGUCAUUGGCAUCGGCUUCUUGUACGUUACACCGUUCCUAAUCGUUGGUAGUACGCUACUCAUCUUCAUCUACAUUCAACUAGGCAAAAGCGUAGCCUCAGCUUCUACUUACAAGCUACAAAUGAUGUUGUUCAAGGCACUGUUGGCCCAAACAAUUGGUACUGGGGUUUUUUUGAUCAUACCUGGCAUACUGUACUUUAGUCCAAGUGUUUUUGGUAUUCGAAAUGUGCCUAAGAUUCAAGUUGUUGCAUUCAUUGUUUAUAUGUUGCAUUCUCCGUUUGAUUGUUGUAUGAUUAUCAUCUUUAUCAAACCAUAUCGUCGAUAUUUUAUGAACAACUUCAGAAGAGCUUUGAACAAGGUUUCUAGUGAGCCUAGGCUUAGUCUUAAAUUUUCUACUGUAUUUGUUGAAGAGUCUAUGUGA